AUGAAGAAAGCCCUCACCAUCCUCCUCGUCGGCCUGUCCUCGGCCCUCGCGCGCGCCGCCCCGGCCCCGGACGGCCGCGGGAUGCCGGCCCGGGCGGCGCACCCGGACGCGGGUCCCCCGACGCUCGGCGGCACGCUCCAGGAGUACACGGACCGGACGGACGACGCGCCGACGACGGCGAAAAGAGGACCCGACCAUGACGACGACGACGGUGCCGGCGGCCUCGACAAGCGGUGGGACAAGGAGGAAUGGAGCAAGGCCGACGUCAUCUGCUCAGAGAAGCAAUGGGGCCUCGUCCACAACCUCGCCUACAACGACGUCAUCGACAUGUACGAGAAGACGUGGAGGAAGGGAUCGUUGGUGGUGCUGCCCGAGGGCCCGAGGAAGUGCAUGGAGCUCUUCUGCCAAUACGAAACGGCGUUUUUCGCUUGCAACGAUCACGCCAAGAGUUACACGAUCCAGGACGGCAUGGUCAUUUCGCACGGCAUCAGGGAGAUGUGGAAGCGGUGCCACAACAACCAGCUGGACGACAUGAUAGGAGCCCAAAUCUUCAGCCCCAACAACUGGAACAUCAUCAUGAGGCGAGACGUCAGCUGUGGUCCUGACAGAGGGGGGUUCGCUCUGAAGGCCCGAGGAACGGGCCACCGCGGGGGGGGGAACGCGCAUCAGGGACCGGAUGAAUGA